GUGAACUGCAUGUUCUCUUGAUUUCAUUGAAACUUCCCUGGAUUCCUCGUGCAUCCCUCCGUUCCAUUCUCCUUCCACAAACCGUCCCGGAUCGAAGACGGGCUCUUUACAAAUGCGCCCGGCCAUCCUUCCGGCCGACCGUUCAAUUUUCCAUCCAUCACCAUCCGAGCCCCCCGAAAAAUGAACUGAGUAGAGCGCAACGGCCUCACUAUCAGCACUUGUUCCUUAUCCUGUCUUGCUUCGUGUGUGAGAUCCCAGCAGCCGAACACCGAGUGAAUGAAAAAUGGGCAACAGCCCCUCCACGCACAAAUCCGCGAGCCAGUCGUCAUCGUCACAAACAAGCUCGCAGCAUGAUCGACCGGUGAGGCGGGAAGCCCGAAACCCCAUCCCAGUGCAGGGCCUACGGGCUGCUGCCCCGCCAGAACCCUCGCUCACUCAGGCCCAGGGCGCCUCUGUCCAACCGCCGUCGAGUAGCAACAGCAGCGUCGCCAGCCGGCCAAAGCCGCUGCAGCCCCGACCCCUCGGCUCCGGAAUUGCUGCAUCAGCCUGCUCGACCGCUUCCUCGCCUGCUACCGCCGCCAGCUCCACGAGCUCCGCGAAACCCGUCGAGGUCAAACAGGGCAAACCCAGCCCCAGCCAUGCGCCUGCCAAGCCCGUAGCUGUGCCCAACUCGCACAAUUCCCCUUCGUCCCCGCGAUCGCCUCGCUCGCCGCGCUCCGAAGAUAGUUACGAAGUCGCAGCGAUGCCCGUCAGCAGUGUGCAGGAGGUGUCGUACCUGACGCGCCCGCCGCGCCUGCCGCUUCCGAUCGAGGAGGAGGUCCACACCCCGGGAUCGCCCAUUAUCGCACCGACCGAUGUCGGCGAGCCGGUCGAGGACGUCGAGGGCCUCGACAAUGCAGGAUUGGCCCAUCCGACCUCAAACCUAAGCGACACGGUGGUGGAGGAAGAUGACGCUGAGGAGCUGUUGGUCGACAAGACCAGGCCUACGGUGCCGACAAGGCUCGAAUGGCGCCGUGGCGGUGACAAGGUCUAUGUCACGGGUACUAUCUUUCAGUGGAAUCGCAAAACCCGGCUGCACCCAGUUGAGGGGGAACCAGGCGUCUUUGCGACGACGAUUGACAUCCUCCCGGGGACACACCAUAUCCGUUUCCUCGUUGAUGGGCAAAUGCAGACAACUCCGGACUACCCGACGACGGUCGAUUUCGGUAACAACUUGGUCAACUACAUCGAAGUCAGUCCCGAUGAUCUACAACCUACACCAACCGACGGGGAGGGGGUGUCGGAGGGUAAGACUUCGCAGCAGCAGACAGAGGCCGAAGCAACCCCGACCGAGGAAGACGGCGAGGUUCCCUUACCCCGGGAUAGAGAUAUUCCUCCAGCCAGCCAGUUCGAGCAGAAGAUCCCGAAGUACCUCAUUGAUCAAGAUCAGCCUGAGGAUUCCCCUCAGUAUCACCAUGCCGUCCGGGCCACCGAGAAGCUGCCGAACCCGCCUGGGCUUCCCGGGUUCCUGAGCAAGCCUAUCUUAAAUGCGGCCACGCCGAGGAAGGAUGACAACAGCGUCUUGACCCAGCCGAACCACACUGUCCUCAACCAUCUUGCCACUAGCAGCAUCAAGAACAAUGUACUGGCGGUUUCGGCAACAACGAGAUACAAGAGCAAGUACGUGACGACUAUCAUGUAUAAGCCCACAGCAACAGACUGAAUAUGAGAGCUCCGGCCCGGCCAGAAUCCCAUCGCGGCAAAUAACAGCGUAGGAGCAUCGGCAAUGUCUGUCCCAGUUAGCGGCUAUUUUUUGACGAGUGCAUGAUCUUCGGGUUUACUACGGCGGUGAUGGAGCCAUACGAUACUUUAUUUUGGGAGGUGAGAUGGGGUAUUUGCUGCCGGCGACUUGAGUCCGCCGCGCAUGUCACGGAGAGGUUCAUAUGCAGUGAAAAAGCACGCUACUUCCUCCA